CCGUGAGUCAGGUUCGUUCGGUUUAGUAGUUCGAGUUUUCACGUGGAGUUUCGCGGUUUUAUUUUACGUAGAAAAUUGUGGAAAUUGAAGGCUUUUAAAGGCGUUAUGCUUGAUGUAUAGACAGUUUUCUCGCUGAAAGUGCGGGGAUAAAGUUGAGUUUAUUUUGUGUGAGGACUAUGGCGCAUCUGGAAACGAUAGUUGGGCAAUUUUAAGAGUAGUUUUGAGUUUUUGGUAUUUUUUUUUUGGGAGGGUUUUAAUUGAACUGUCAAAGUGGCAGAGGCGCACGAGGAAAUACAGCCGGUGAUCACGCCGAAUGCUAGGAGGCAUCUGGAAUUGGACCUGGAUUUUUUGGAGAGACGUCACCAGAAUGCCGAGCAGAACGACGUUAAGGAGGACAACACCUGCUCACCGGUCGAGACCAGUCCGGAGUACAUGGACCUUAUUAAGAUCAUUUUGUUGGGUGCACCCGCCGUGGGAAAAACCAGCAUAAUACAGCAAUUCGUCCUUAACCAAUUUCAAGAGGAUUAUGUACCGACGGAUCGCAAAUACACGUACUACCCCACAGUGGUCACCAAUGAGAGAUGGUACAAAGUGAAAAUAUCGGAUUUGCCCGUUAUCCCUUAUUUUCCGGUCAAUUCGUUUUAUGAAUGGGCCAACUACAGAUACUACGGUCUCCGUAGUGCCACCGCCUACAUCCUAGUCUUCGACUUAAGCAAUAUCGACACCUUCCAAUACGUAAAAACCCUGAGGGAACAAAUCUGCGAGAGUAGAAACAUGCAAAACGUGCCGGUCCUGGUGGUGGGCAACAAGGAGGAUCUCGUCGUGCCCGAAGACGGUGCCGCGACCGGUUCGAAACCCGCGUUACCGAAUUCGAGCGAGGAGAAACGUCGCGACAUCGUCAAUCUGGUGAAGAAACAUUGGAAGUGCGGUUACAUCGAGUGUAGCGCGAAAUACAAUUGGCGGGUGAUGCAUCUGUUUAAGGAGCUGAUGAAUAUGAUCGAAAACGUGAGCAGUAAUCGGGACCAGAGCCCGAUGCUGGAUAACAUCCAGGAGGCCCUGGAUAGGAAUAAAUGCGUCGUUAUUUAAUGGCUAGAAGCUAAUGUUUUUUUGUAAAUCGACAAUCUGUUUUACGCAAUACUGGUUAUGUAUUAUUAGGAUUGUGGGUUGUGAUUUUUGAUUAAGAAAAAAUAUUUUUUUUUCAAAAUUUUCUCUUUAUUUUAAUGAUGAUUUUAGAGAGUUUGGAAUGUUGUUGUGAGCCAGGACUGGUUUUCGCCCCCCCUCCUUAAUGGUUGUAUAGGAUAACUGUGUUGAAUAUUAAUAAAAAGUUCAGGUAAAUUCGUUACAA